AUGGAGAUCAAGUGCUGCACUUCAAGGUACUGAGAGAAAAGAAAGGGAAGUACCAUCUCUGGGACGAGAAGUUCAACUCCAUCAACGAACUGGUGGAUUUCUACAGAACUACCACCAUCGCCAAGAAAGCGGAGGUCUUCCUCAGGGAUCAUGCGGAAAUGCAGGAGAGCGGAAACUCUCCAAAUUGGGUGAGCGGGCAUAAAAAUGGCAAGGGCAUUUCAAUGGAAGCGAGCAUAAAAUAAUGAACUUUGGAGCAAAACCUCCCUAUCUUCACAUAUGGAUGAGCAGGGUCUGAACUGGUGGUGGCUCUCCAGGAAAGAGAUAUUGACCUGGUGAGCAUGUCAACUCGUAGAAAGGCAAGUGACACGAUAGGGGUCAUUAGAAAAGGGAUUGAUAAUGAAACUGCCAAUAUCGUAAUGCCGUUGUACAAAUUUAUGGUAUAACCACACUUGGAAUAUGGUGUACUGUUCAUUGAGUCGUAGAGUUGGAAAGGAACCAAGGGUCAUCUAGUCCAACCCCCUGCAAUGCAGGAAUCUUUGUAAAGACUGUGGAGAGAAUAAUUGGGUGCACUCUUCCCACCUUGGAUCAAAUCUAUGCUUCCAGGUGCCAUAAGAAAGCUGCAGAGAUAGUGCAGGAUAGUGCGCACCCCAGAAAUGAUCUCUUUCAGUUUCUGCCUUCUGGAAGAAGGUACAGGGUUAUAAAGACUAGGACUAGCCGCCUGAGAAACAGUUUUUAUCCAAAUGCGAUUUUGGUUUUAAACGCAGGGAGGGAAAUCUUCUCCAUCUCACCACAUCAUGUAAACAACACACCUGGCUUGACAGGUGGGCAAGACUAGCUCGUUUGUGUCAGCCAGGCAUUUCUUCUCAGCUAUCCUCUCAUUCUCUUUUUCAUGCAGCCCAAAAAGCCAAAAUUCGUCCAGGCUCAGUUCAACUUCACAGCCAAAAGCCCAUCCCAGCUGAGCUUCUGUCGAGGGGACGUCCUUGAGAUCCUGGACUGCUCUGAUCCCAACUGGUGGAAAGGGAGGAUUGGCGUGAAGACGGGCCUAUUCCCCAGGAACUAUGUCUUCCCACUGCGCAUGUGA